GCCUCCAGUUGGAAACGGGAGCACGCCACGUGAAAGUAGGAAGGGGAGGCUAUAGCCGGACCGACGUCGCUUCGUGCGCUUCAGUCGUUCGUGGACCUCGAAGGACGAUAGAGGUCGAAGAGGACAUUUCCUCCUUUUCCUUCCUGACUGGAUUCUUCGUCCUUCGUCUUCAAGAAGAGGAAGAAGAGGAGGAAGAAGAAGAAGAAGGAUCCUCUUCUCUCCUUCUCAUCCUCUUAUUCAAGUUGCAAUUCUCUUAGGACGGCUCUUCGAGUUCCAUCGACUUCCUCGGUCAUCAAUUUUUUUCUUUUCCUUAAGACGUCAGAGAGACCAAAGGGAAGGAUGCAUCGACAGGUAUACCUCGUCGUUGGAGUCAUCUUCCUGGGCUAUCUUCAAGAUUAUGUGUCCGGCGCGUGUCCCCGGAUAUGUCCACCAAGCGGGGAGCCAGUAUGCGGCAGCGACGGUAUCAUAUAUGCUUCCCAGUGUGAAAUGCGGAAGAAGAUGUGUGGAAAGGGAGUGACUAUGGCGACAGAGAAAACUGCUUGCUUGAGGUCAUCGGGUAGCAAGUGCGAGCAUCGUUGUUCCGGCGAUCAGGAUCCGGUAUGCGGUACCGAUGGUCGAACUUAUCUCAACAAAUGCAUGAUCAGAGUCGAAAUCUGCAGGGUGGGAAUCGAGCUCUCGCAUCUUGGACCAUGCAACAAUAUUUCUGCUCACAGAGAAAACUGUCCGGUUUCGUGCGAUUUUGCACCACUCGAUGGUCCCGUAUGCGGUAGCGAUGGCAACGUUUACAAGUCGACUUGUCAAAUGAAGUUACUCACAUGCGGACAAGGAGUCGUACGUACGAAUAAGAAACAUUGCCAGACCACAAGACAUUGUCGUGAAUCGUGUUGGCGUGGUGCUAAGCCAGCCUGUGGUAGCGACGGUAUCCUCUAUGCGAACACCUGCAAAAUGCGAGCUAAGAAUUGCGGAAAGCACGUGUUUGAAGUGCCAAUGUCAUUCUGUGUGUCGCGAGAACGGACAUCCGGAAGUCAGUCGAACGCGUGUCCGCUCGACUGUAGGCACGAGCCGGAAGUACCGAUCUGUGGAUCGGACGGAAAUAUCUAUAGGAACGAGUGCGAAAUGCAGAUGCUCAACUGCGGGCAAGCUAGAAGGAAGGUGACCAUAGUGGACUUCGAGAAGUGUCGGCCACGUUUAACGAAGUGCAUGAAGCAACAGCAACGUUGUGGAAACGAAGUGGAUCCGGUCUGUGGAAGCGACGCUAGUACAUAUCCAAAUCAAUGUCACUUAAACGUGGCGAUCUGUCUGAAGGGUAUCCAAUUGGCUCAUGUUGGCGAAUGUACGACCUUGAAGGAAACAGAAGAGUGUCCUGAAGAUUGCAACGAAGUUCCAGAGGAACCAGUUUGUGGAAGCGACGGGAACGUUUAUCGCUCGCUUUGCCAUCUUCGCCACGAAACAUGUGGUCAGAGGGUAGUUCAAGUUCCUGCUCAGCAUUGUCGUACCACAGCGCUUUGUAAUCAAAUUUGUAGUGGAGAACGUCAAUUCGUUUGCGGUUCGGAUAACAAGCUUUAUCGUAACGAGUGUGAAAUGAAGAGGGACAAUUGCGGGAAACACGUAUACGUGGUACCAAUGAAACGGUGCGUUCAAGGUUUCUUGUUCCGUGGCUGUCAAAAGAUCUGUCCACCAUAUUACGAUCCAGUUUGUGGCACCGACGGAAUGACCUAUAGCAACGAGUGUUUCUUGGAAAUAGAAAAUUGCCGUAGCAGAAGCCUCGUCUCUAAAAAGUAUCACGGUGUUUGUGGCCAACCAACGGAGGAACCGAAAAAUUAUUUGUAUUAAUUCGACGUUCGAUCGACGUUAAAUCAAUCGAUAUAUUGAUUGAGAAAAUCGAUUUGAGAAAGAAAAAAAAAGUAAUAAUAAUAAUAAUAAUAAUAUUAAUAAUAAUAAUAAUAAUAAUAAUAAUAAUAUUAAUAUUAAUAAAAAUAAUAAUAAAAAUACGUACCGGGCUACAUCGAAGGGAGAUCGAUCGGCGAUACUAUACUAAAAGAAAAUUGUCCUUGAAAUCUUUACGAAACGAUCCGUUUCGUCGAUCGAUCUUUAGAUAUAUGUAAAUGAUCGCGCCUCGUCUUUCGAAAAAUGUGAUUUUGAGAGAUUCGACGAUGUGUAUAACGUAAUAUAUUAAUUUGUAAAAAAAUUUUAAGGCGCGCAGUAUCGUAUUUAUAAAAGAAAUGUGAAGGAAAAAAAGAAAAAUCUUUUGAACGACGAAAUCGGUCGACUAAUUAUUAUUCCAUAUCGUUCGAUCAAUUUCAUUCAAAGAGAAAAUCUUUAUCUAUUAAUACUUUAAAUGAGCUUGCCAAGAGAAAAUGAUAAAUUUCAUAAUAUUGAAAAUCUUGCCAAGUUAAUAAAGAUACAUAUUAUCGUUGAAAGCCGUUAGAUAAUCGACUUUUAAUAGGAUCGCUAUACUAUACUUGAUCGCUUUGUCUGAUCUAUCGUUUUGUCGAUCUUUUGCGAACACAUUCGUGAAUCAUCGUACGAUGUCGUACUUUCGAUGUAAAAUGUCUUGAAAUAAUUAACCCUCAAAUGCGUGUGUAGGUAUGUGUACGUGACAAUACAUACGUUACGACAUAUUGUAACCUAUGUAGCACAAAAAUUUAGUUUUUUAAUAAAUUCAAAUUCUUCGAGAAAUUAUGAUAAUAUAUCUAAUUAUUUUUUAUUUAAAUAUUAUAUAAAAAAUAUAUUAUAAAUAUUUUAUCUAUAUAUAGAUUAUUUACCUAUGU